CGUUAGCUUAGCUACCGCUGUGUGUUUUACGAAAUGCCUAUCGYGCUAACUUCCGAAUAAUUGGACUACGUGAUAUUUUUUGAAUUCUUCUUAGUUGCUCCCGUCUUGUAGGCAAAAUAGUAUCUGCGAAUUACUUUCAGUUGAAUUCGCCUUGGUCUACGAUCAUUUGCUCUCAUGGUCACAAACGUGUGAUUCAAGGUCUCGUAGGCCCCUGUAGGCCCCGAGAAGCUCUUUUAUAGAAGGACCUGUGCCGUCCGUGAGUGACUUUCUCGACAAAAAGUAUGGUCCGACGGUGACAUAAGGAAAAGACCCUUCGUCCACUUGUUCCUGGAUGCUCUGUUUGUUGUCAUUGACCAACGCGUCGAUCGAUUCUUUAUCCUGGUUAAUGCCACUUCUCCCGGUACAACCAACUUGUAGUGCAGURUCCUUUCUCUUGCUUUUACGGUGCACGGGUCUCUUUGGGAUAGAAUUGAGAGUCGCAAGUUCGCCGGGCUUGUUCAAGACUGGCAUAUGAGAUUUGUGAGCUGGGUGAUUUUGCUGUUGAUUUUGCUGUCGACAUUGAUGCCGCUGUCUCUUCUUUCUUUGGACGCUCUGAUUGAUGGCAUUGMCGAACUCAAUCGUGUCGACCGAUUCGUUAUCCUCGUCAUUGCUUGUUCUCCCGGAACAACCAUUUGGAAACUCAAUCGUGUCGACCGAUUCGUUAUCCUCGUCAUCGCUUAUUCUCCAGGAACAACCAUUUGGAACAUUCAUGAUGACUGGUAGUGCGGUGUCCGUUAUAUUGCUUUUACUGUGCAAGGGGCUAAUGAUAAUCGCAUGAUCGCCGGGCGUGUUCAAGGAGUCUAUGUUUUGCUUGCGCGCCUUCUUUUUCCAGCUAUCCUUGCCAUCAUCCAUCGACAUCCCAGGCCGCUGUUUCUUCUUUGGCAUCCUUCGGCUGGUGUCCUCGUCGCGUGGUCGAUGAUAGUAUGGUUGAUCAUCGGUCGCAGCGCUUGUUGACCAAUCGACCGCAGGGCGGGACGAAAGACGCUUCUGUCGGCACCCAUGCCCCGGUCGGGACGACACCACGGUUGAGGGAUCAUUCAUCACGCGCGGAUUUUCGGUUUUGUAAUUGCUGAUGCUAACAGCGCUUGCGAGCACUACCGGCGCCAUCAGGGAUGCGUAAGGGUGGUCUUCCCAUGAUUGCUUCUGUUCCUCUUGAUGRAGCAGCGACGAUUCCAUGAUGAAUUGUUUCUUAGAAUGUGCGAUGUUACUCUGAACGACAGAACGUUUGAGAAUGCUUUCCUGAACGAUUUGAAUAACUUGAUGCGCGCAAGCAGCUUGUGUCAUCAACGGUUUUUCUUUAACCAAUCGUGGCUCAGAAAUAUUGAAUGUGAAAUAGCUUGAUGAAGCUUCUUUCAUCAAUUCAUCAACCAGUUUAAGCUUCAAACAGCGAAGAUCAAAAUGUGAACUUCCAAAAUGUCCCGGUAGAAAGUCUACAAGGUUCUACUGAGCUGUUUUUGGAGUUUAGAACUUGAAAUUACAGUAUCACUUAUUGCUCUCUGGCGGAGUCYGGUUUCAAUUGUUACGAAACUCGUAGUAAGCUGCUCUGACCAAAGACAGCUUGUUUUCUCAAUGGACAUUUUUCGGCAAGGUCUUUCGCGCGCAAGAAGCUCAUGUCAUCCACGGUUUUUUUUUAAACCAAUCGUUGCUCAGAAAUAUUGAAUGUCACUACGGGGAACCGUAGGAAGUAGAGGACCUAUAAUUGUACACGUGUGCCCUAAUAGCUUGGUGACACGUGGCCAUGUAUUAUCUAUUUAUCAAUUUUUUAAUCUCGAUUUAUCCCUGAUUUUUCCUCUGUGUAUUGUCUAUUCUCUUUUUAUUGACAGUUUCCUUCAGUUGGCCGAGGAACAAAGAAAAUUAAUAUUCACUAUUGUCCUUACCUACCAAUCCUUAUCUACCAAAAACAGAUCAUACGAAGAGUUUUGAAUGGUCGCACGGGAAACCAUAAACAAGUUCGCGGGAAACCUAAAACAAGUUCGGAGAGUCUUGAGAUUCGUGGUUACCGUGUGUUAAUUGAGUCUCCAACGCCAAUUUCUAGAAUUUUGAGAACGGCGUUCUAGACAUUGCCACCACAGGACAAACAUUUUAUGCAAGACACUACAUGGUCACGUCAUUGCCAAGGUUGUCAAGAAUUGCUUCUGGCAAAUUAAUUAAGUAUUACCUGUAAAAUAACAAUUGAAAUUACUUUAGCUAGUUGAGGUACUGGGAACGUUUACUAUUUUACAUUCUGAAUGUCAGCAGCAGCAUAGGCUGUGUAGUAGAAAUGAGUACUCCUGUGUUUUUUGCUUCAAUUUAACGUCCUGAAUACUCUGCUUUGCAGUCUGAAUAUUGGCAGGAAAGGAUGUCCUUCUCCCUCAUUUUUAAGGUAUGUGCAGGACCCAAAUAAUUGUUUUGGGAGGGUAGCAUGCUACCACAUUUAAGAAUGCUGGUUAUUGAAAUACUAUGAUCUACGUACUAGGCCUAAGCGAUAAAUUUAACAUUCUGUAUGUUAAAUUAACAUUUGGAAUGUUAAAUUUAAGUUCCUAAUGCCUCAAUUAACCCAAUUAACAAAACUUAAAUUGUUAUUUUACGUGUAGUAUGUAGAUUACGCAUGUGAUAURAUUGGCAACCUGCUGGUGCGGUACGUGUAAUCUGUAUGUAUUCUGAUCUGUAUUCUGGAAAAACUCACUUACCAGGGCUUGAGUGYGCAUAUUUCCUUCUCUCACUUAAGGUGAGUUUUUCUGGAAUACAGAUCAGAAUACAUACAGGUUACAUGAAGUAAUGCUACUGAGGACAAGGACAAGGUCAAGAGCGUUAGCUUGAGACCAACAAGACCGAGGCUGAAGUUAGAUUACUUCAGCAGUAAUCAACUGAGGAUGAGGUCGAGAGAGUUGAGCUCACCAAAUAUUUACGYAAUCAGCAAGUUUUCUGGCUUUUUGCUUGUAUACAAAGAAGACGCUGCUAGAUACUACAGAUGCUGCUAGCAGAUACUGUGGAUGCUGCUGGAUAUGGAGGAUGCUGCUGAUACGAGUUGCUGAUAUGGAGGAUGCUGCUGAUACGAGUUGGUGCUGCUGGAUACGGAGGACGCUGAUACUGCUGAUAUGGAGGAUGGUGCUGAUACAGAGGCUAGCUAGCUGAUAGUACAAGUUGCUGAUAUGGAUGAUGAUGCUGGUAUGGAGGAUGGUGCUGGAUGCGGAGGACAUUGAUACUGCCACCACCAGUACUACUAGUACUAGUAGUAGUACUAGUACUACAAAAUAAUAAUACUCAAAUUUUUGUACUAUUAUGGUUCAGCCAAUCUACUAACAUUUUUGUGGCAAAAACCAUGUUGGACCAGUAUUCAAUUUCUGGAACACAGUAAUCCUGUGAGCAGGCAUGCACUCCAUUCAGGUGCAAGAAAUAGUAUUAAGACAAAAAAUAAAUACCAGUGGUGUUUCUUAGUGCGGGGUGAUUUUAGUAUCACUCAUAGUAAUCUUGGGCGUGUAAAUGCAAACAAAAAGCAAGCAGCUGGUCAAUUACAAACUUAUUUGUAUUUUUGUAGUAUUGUGUCUACAAUUGCAUGACCAGGAAAAGUUCCUAACUGUGAGGUGUUAAUCAUUACUAUGGCAAAACUGCCUUGAUGUUCAUCUACUACUACUACUAGUACAAUCUGCUAGUACAACAAAAAUAAAUAAUUCUCUGUGGUUUUCAAACGAUUGUGGCCGAUUUUGUGGCCAACUUCUUUGAGAAAGCGAAAACUUUUUGUCGAAUCAUGUCACUACGGGUUAUGGAUACGUAGUGUGUCGGACAUGUCGUACGUACGUAACGUACGGUACGUACAAUUGCUAUCGCUUUUAAAAUAGAAGUACCAAAACAACAGCCACAACUAGAAUCGACACCACAAACGCAACCAACAAUGACGAGUUCUUGGUCCCGACGUCCGGUCCCCUCUCUUCAGCCGCUGAUAACCGUUCUUCUGCUGUUCGUAGCAACCAAMUUUUACAACUGCAACCACAAUUGUAGCUGCAAUCUGGCUCGGGCCACAGCUACCAAGAACGAAGAGACGAGCCAUGGCAAGCUCCCGACCCACAUGGAACCCGAUGUCCGACGCUACCAGGGCGUCCUUCCCAACGAAAUCUGCGAUCAAUUAAUAGAACUGGGCGAAAAGGAAGGGUUUCCAUUAGAGUUUGAUUCGAUCGACGCAGAGCAACACUCCUACAAGACGAACCAGGUCAGCCAGGCGAUCGACGUCGUGGACGAAGAUGGAACCGUCAACUACCCGGAGAUGUUUGCCCUUUUGGAACCAUAUAUCCCCAAAAUGGCAGAGCUCAUUGUAAACCAGCGCGACGAACAAAUCCACCGAAAGGUAGUUGGGGAGAUGACGCAACAGACGCCAAGCGAUGAUUCCAACGAUCCGUUUCUGCCGAAGUUGGGAUGGAUCUUCUACCGAAAGUACGCUCCGGACAGCAAGCGGAACUCGCUGAUUCCCCAUUUCGACAGCAAUCUCCACACGAUCAAUAUCGCGCUAAACGACGACUUUGAGGGUGGGGGGGUAUUUUACAUCAGGCCCGCGUACGCYAGAAACCCCGAUUGGAGGGAUCCCAAAAGGCAUAACGACCUCUACAGGGGAAUCGACGGAGACGGCGUCCCGGAUAUUGAGGACCACCAACUCACCUACCGGUGGGUCAACAGACUCAAACACGAAAACACCUCCGACGUGGUCUUUCCGUUGCUAAACAAGGGCGACGCCSUGAUCCAUAACUAUACCGUCUGGCACGCGGUUGCCCCUCUCACCAAGGGAAUACGCUAUUCGAUGGUUCUUUUUUUCGACAUGCACAAUCCACUCCURCCUGAGUACUCGUACGAUGACGACGAUGAGUACGAUGGCGACGAUCACGAARGCCAAAACGAGGGGCAAGACGAUGACGACAACGGCUACGAUAGUGGCAUCGAGGAGGAUCACAGCGAAGACAACAUCUACCGAAURCAAAUUACCCUUCGACACGGACUGAAGGAAUGCGAUCCCGCUACCGGUACGGUCGUUCCGAUGAAAGACAACGUCCACAUAGUAUUAGUGAACCGGACCGAGCUGGAGAGGCAGAAGGGGGAGCAAACCGAGCACGACGUUGACAAAAUCAUGGUGGGAAAAAUUUCCGACGGUGAUGGCGAAAGCAGCAGCCAGAACGACCUGUUUGCCGUGGUCGCCACGAACCUGCGUCCCGGUAAUUUUUAUAGAAAUAACUUGAGUGUUCCYGGUGAAAUCUAUCGGGCAAUCCGGUCCAAGAGAUUGACAACUACGGAAGGAUCAAACAUACAGAACAAAGAGCACGGUGGAUCUGAGGUGUUCGAGGUACUUGAUGAGUUCCGAGUAACCAUAGGAAAAAGGUAUUACGAAUAUGCCAACUCUGAGGAAGCUUCAGAGGAAUGCAAGGCCGCGCAUCUGGCCUCCAGUGUCGGUACGGYGGGRCAUUCCCCCGAGCGCGACAGCGACGCCAAACAGGGCAGUACCAACGAGCUGUGAGGGGCGACCCACCACAGCGCAGCGCACCGAAGCAAAAAAAACGAGCAAGCGAGAAACACGAAUCGGUGGCUGAUGAUUACGUUACKUUUGAUCACUUCCACGUGAUCUUGGAUUGUCGGUUCUUAAAAAAUAKAGUUUUUAGGA